AUGAGGGAAAUGGUUUCCCAAUUUGAAGUGUCUGUUUCAACCAGUUGUGAAGAUCAACGAAAUGGUUCCAAUUUGGUGGAUAGUAUUAAAAACAUUCUAGAAGUGUCUGUUUUAACCAGUUGUGAAGAUCAACGAAAUGGUUCAAAUUUGGUGGAUAGUAUUAAAAACAUUCCAAUGAUACCAAGUGAUUUGGUAGAAAACCAAUUGCUUAAAUUUGGAAAUGAUCCAGCAAUCUUUAGUCAUGUCAAAAAACUAAGUCCUGAAUUUGUUGAUCAUUUUUUUAAAAUUGGAGCAGCACAACCAACUGCACAAGAAUUGGAAAAUAGAUGUUUUCCAAAAGACUCCCAUGGUCGAUCCUUCCAUGAAAAUUGGUAUUGGAAGACAAUACCCAAUGGUGAAGUUGUACGUAGAAAAUGGUUAUCAUAUUCUUUGACUAAAAACAAAUUAUAUUGCCUAUUUUGUGCUUUAUUUGGAAAUAAUUACAAAACAAACUGGGGAAAAGAAGGCUUUUGCAACUGGAAAAAUGGAAUACUAAAAAUAGUUGUUCAUGAAACUUCUGAAGCUCAUAUAAUGGCAUCUCUUAAAGCAACGCACUGUCUUCCAUUUCGUGGCCACAGAGAAGGGUGGAAUGAAAAAUUAACGGGAAAUUUUAAAGAUUUAGCUUUACUGUUGGCUAAAUAUUCUCCAGCGUUGUCAGCAUAUAUUACUGAAGUUAAAUUAAAGGGAAGAAAAACUAGCAAUUUUUUGUCAUGGCAACGCCAAAAUCAAUUCAUUAAUGCUAUUUCUACAAAUAUUAAAAAUACUGUACAAAAAGAAAUUUUAAAUGCAAGGUUUUUUAGCAUAUCGUUAGAUACAACAUUUGAUAUAUCCAAAAAAGAACAAGUAUCUGUAGUGAUUCGGUAUAUUAAUAAAGACUCAGAAAAUUGUACAGUGAAUGAAAGACUAGUAGCUGUACGAGAAACUGUGAUGACUACAGGACAACAACUUUUUUUAUUAAUCGAAGAAAUAUUUAAAGAAAUGAACAUUGAUUGGAAAACACAUCUUAUAGGCCAAUCUUAUGAUGGAGCGGCAUCAAUGAGAGGUGUGUACAAUGGUCUCCAGGCAAUAAUAAAACAACAAAAUCCUUGUGCAACUUAUGUUUGGUGCUGGGCACAUCGAUUAAGUCUUGUUAUUGUAGAUGCUGUUAGCAGUUGUACUGAAGCCAGAGAUUUAUUUGGUAAUUUAGAAACUCUCUAUGAUUUUAUCAGUAGUAGUAAAAAACGAAUGAGUCUAUAUUCUGAAUACCAAACUAAACGUUAUCCUGGUAAACCUUUACGUAGGUUGAAAAGAGUCGACACUACGAGAUGGUCAUCACAUUCUACUGCACUGCAAACUUUAUUUUACACAUAUGACUCAAUUUUAGAUACAUUGAACUACUUGCAAAAUGACAUUUCUUCAGAUCGAAUAUGUUGUGUAAAAGCUAAAAGUUUAUAUGAAUAUAUGUUAUCAGAACGCUUUGUUUUAACUGCGUUGACAUUCAAAAAAAUGUUUGAUAUUACUAGCCCUUUGAGUUCAUUUUUGCAAGGAAAAAAUAUUGAUUUACUGGCCGCUGUUUCAUAUGUGAAAAGUGUUGAUAAAAAAAUUCUAACACUCAGAAGUGAAACGGAAUUUCAAGAAUUGUUGAAAGAAAAAGAAGAAUUUAUAACAUCAAAAAAUGAUGAGUUUGAUAUUACUCCUCUUAUUCAAACUCGCGUGAGACGUAAAAAAGUUAUGGCCGGAGAUAUGGCAUUAGAUGAACAGCCAAGUCAAAAUCCAAUUCAAAAUUUUAAAAUCAACACUUACAUCACUAUUAUAGACAUUAUUAAUACUCAACUAUCAGAGAGGUUUAAUGAAAGUUCAAUACCUUUGAUCAAAGAUUUAGCUCUUUUUCAAAAGAAACGAUUGGUAGAAAUAACAAAAUCAGGAAAAAUUCCUGCUGAUGCAUUUAAUGGUUUCGAACAAGUAUAUGGGAAAUUUAUAACUGCAGCAGAUUUAAGAAGAGAUUAUAUCCAAUUUGCAAGUGUUUAUAUGGAAUUAGAAAAAUCUGUAACCCUACCAAACAAAUUACACAAACAAAAUCAAGACAUUACAGAUGUACUCUAUUCUGAUACAGAAAAUGAACAAGAUAGUGACGAUGAUAAUUUUCACGGUGAAAAUGUAGGAACUAUACACACAUUAUACAAUGUAUGCUGUAAGACAGGAUUAAAUGAUGUAUUUCCUGCACUAUACAUAGCUCUUAGCAUAGCUCUAACACUACCAAUAUCAA